GGCAAAUGCAACAUGCUGUCCAGCUUGGGCUGUCUCCUGCUCUGUGGAAGUAUUGCUCUAGUCCUGGGAAAUGCACAGAAAUUGCCAAAAGGGAAAAGGCCAAGCCUGAAAGUACACAUCAACACUACCAGUGACUCCAUCUUCUUGAAGUUCCUGCGUCCAAAUCCAAAUAUAAAGCUUGAAGGCUUUCUUCUCGGAUAUGGAAGCAAUUUAUCCCCAAACCAGUACUUCCCUCUCCCAGCAGAAGGAAAGUACACCGAGGCUGUAGUUGAUGCGGAGCCUAAAUAUCUGAUUGUUGUGCGGUCUGCACGUCCUCCAAGUCAAAAGAAAUCAUGCUCAGGUAAAACACGCACUCGCAAACCUCUUCAAUUGGUGAUUGGGAGUCUGACCCCAAGUUCUGUCUUUCUGUCCUGGGGCUUCCUCAUCAACCCACAUCAUGACUGGACACUGCCGAGUCACUGUCCCAAUGACAGGUAAUUCACCACAACUGAAGAUGAUGCUUUCCAUCUGAAAAUGGAACUUGUGUUUAAUGGUAAAAAAGUAAAUGGAAAAAUCCAAAGUACCUAUGACCAAGUCCACCAAGUGCCUGCCUAUGUCCCAAGGAAGCCAAUCCCAAUAACAAUCAUCAAACAAGUGAUUCAGAAUGUUACACACAGGGCUUCAAUUAAGUCUCCAGAUAAGACUCCUCUGGGUGGAACUAUUCUAGUUCAUCUUAUUGUUCCAGGUCUCAAUGAAACUACCCUAAAACUUCCCACAUCCUUAAUGCUUGAUAUCACUGAUGCAAUCAAGACACAAUUGACUACAAAUAAGACCCUGGCAUUACCUGCUGAAUCUAAAACACAAGAGGUAGAAAAAAUCCCAGCCCAGCCCAUAACAGGGACUACUGAAACUGUUCCAAGAACUACUAAGCCUGCUGUGUCUAGUGGGUUAGACAUUUCAGAAACAGCACCAGCUUCAAGUGAAAAGCCAUGGAUUGAACCUAUAACAAAAAUGUCUGAAGAUUCCAAAAUUCUACCACUUCAAACUGACAGUAUCCCAUCUGUUUUUGCAAGCCUCACAUCAGAGGAGCCUGUAUUAGCAGAGUCGCAUACAGCAACAAGUGAUCCUAUUCUGGAUUCAGGCCCACCUAAAACUUCUAGAACUCUUGAAUGGCCAAAGGCAACACCGGCUCCAAGCGAAACAUCAUUUGUUCCUCAAAAACUGGAAAUCUUAACCAUUCCUGAAAUACAGCCUACAAUGCCUGCUUCACCGUCUACUACUUCUAUUCCUUCUACAACGAAACAACGCCCAAAAAAACCACCAAGGAAAAAACCUGCUCCAAGUAAAACUCAGUUUAUUUCUUUGAAACCUAAACUCACUCUCAGUCCAGAAGCAACACACACCAAUGAUGUCCCCAAGCAGGUACCUCAUGCUCCUCCCAAGCCAAAACCGUCAGCGCAUCCAAGAGUCCCACAAACAAAGCCAGCUCCUAAGGUGUCCCAGCGUGUCACUCCAAAACCAAAAACACCAUCAAGCCCAGGAGUGCCAUACACCACACCUGUUCCAAAGGAUGUACUCCUCCCCCAUAAACCAGAUCCCAAGGUCUCUCAGAGUGAACCUGCUCCGUUAGAUUCACGGCACAUCCCUUUUAUACCUAUGAUUGCACCGACUCCCAGUCAAGAAGAACUACCAACUAUUCAGGCAGAAACUGAUCAGUCCACCCAAGAACACUUCACAACUAAGAGUCCACGAACGCGAUCAACUGAAUCACCAAAGACGACGCAGGCACCACGUAGAUUAUACACGACUCCUGUGAGGCCCAGAACAACUGAAAAACCACAAAUCAAGCAUGUCACAACUAAGACAACCGCAAAACCUAGAGGGAAACCCAGUGGAAGACCCACAGAGAAUGGAGUGAAGACAGGCCCUGGCCGCGUACCUUUACCACCUAGACCUACACCACAACAAAGGAAACCUUUACCACGAAAUAAUGUCACUGGAAAGCCAGGAAGCACAGGAAUCAUUUCAUCAGGCCGAGUCACUUCCACACCUUUGAGGGCAACACCUGGACCUACUAGGACCCCCUUGGUGAGAGCAGAGAUAGAUAAGAAGCAACCCACAGCUCCUGCCUCUGGAGAAGAAUUUGGUAACACAACUGACUUUAGCUCAAGCCCAACCAGAGAAACUGAUCCUUCUGGGAAGCCCAGAUUCACAGGUCCUCACGUGCGAUACAUUCCGAAGCCUGAGAGCCAGCCCUGUUCCAUCACUGACUCUGUCAAGUUGUUCCCCAAAGAGGAGGCUACAGAGAGAAAUAUCGUCAGCCCACCACAGAAUCCACCCACCAAUCUCACUGUGGUCACUGUGGAAGGUUGCUCCUCAUUUGUCAUCUUAGACUGGGAGAAGCCAAUCAAUGACACUGUCACGGAAUAUGAAGUUAUAUCCAGAGAAAAUGGAACGUUCAAUGGGAAGAACAAGUCUAUUCAAAUUACAAAUCAAACCUUCUCCACGGUAGAAAACUUGAAGCCAAACACAAGCUAUGAAUUUCAGGUGAAACCCAAGAACCCGCUUGGGGAAGGCCCAGUCAGCAACACAGUGGGAUUCAGUACCGAAUCAGCGGACCCUCGAGUGAGCGAGCCAAUUUCUGCUGGAAGAGAUGCCAUCUGGACUGAAAGGCCCUUUAAUUCAGACUCUUAUUCAGAAUGUAAAGGCAAACAGUACGUCAAAAGGACAUGGUACAAGAAGUUUGUUGGCGUGCAGCUAUGCAACUCUCUCAGGUACAAGAUUUAUCUGAGUGACUCUCUUACAGGAAAAUUUUAUAACAUAGGUGAUCUGCGGGGUCAUGGAGAAGACCACUGCCAGUUUGUGGAUUCAUUUUUGGAUGGACGCACAGGACAACAACUUGCUGCUGACCAGUUACCCACCAAAGAAGGCUAUUUCAGAGCAGUUCGCCAAGAGCCUGUCCAGUUUGGAGAAAUAGGUGGUCAUACCCAAAUCAAUUAUGUCCAGUGGUAUGAAUGUGGGACAACAAUACCUGGGAAGUGGUAA